AUGGCGCGGCUGAAGAGGGUUCGGAAGCUCAUGCUGAGCCACAACCAGCUCACCUGUGCCACGUUAGCUCCCGUGGCCGCCAUCGAGGCCCUCGAGAUGCUACGGGUGGCGCAAAACCGUUUAGAGGCCUUCCCGGAGGCUCUGCUGAAGCACAAGCGCUUGGCUUGGGUGGCCUUGGGUGCCAAUCCCAUGGCUGAAGAGGCUCUCGAGAGGCACCUGGCCGGCGGAUUUCAGAGCUUGGAUUUCAAGGAAGUGAAGUUGGGUGAAAAGCUGGGCAGCGGCGCUGGAGCAACCGUCUACCAGGGUGACUGGCACGGCAGGACGGUGGCGGUGAAGAUCUGGGAGGCCGAGACCUUCUCGGACGGCACCGCGCUCUCCGAGUGGGCGGCCAACCGGGUGGCCUCGGUGCCCGGGCAUCCAGCGCUGGUGGAGGUGCUGGGGACCUUCGAGGAGCCCAGAGGAAUGAUCCUGGAGCUACUGCCCAAGGCCCAGGCGGCCGCGGCGCCCCCGAGCUUCGCCACCGUGACCCGCGACGCGCUACCGCAGCAUGGUGGAAAAGGCACCUGCUACACGCCCUCCGCGGCGAGGCAGAUUGCCGUGCGCGUGAGCGGCGCCGCGGAGUAUUUGCACCGCAAAGGGCUGAUGCACGGAGACAUCUAUCUCCACAACACCUUGGUGAUCCUCACCGACUCCACGUCGUCCCCCAGCGCCGACGGGCUCGGCGCCGGCGCCGGCGGGCUCGCCGACGCGCGGCUCUCGGACUUCGGCGCCUGUGCGGCGGUGGACGCCGCGGAGCUGCGGAGGUUGGAGGUGCGCUCUUUUGGCUGGCUCUUGCAAGACUUGCUGGAAUGCCAUGUGCCUCCCGGCACCGAGGAGGAACGACGAACCAUUGAGCUGCUGAAGGUGUGGCGGGAGCGAUGUGGAGCUGAAGAUCCGGAGCAACUGCCAUCCUUCCAAGAGAUUCAUGACGCGCGCAGCAUGCGGCAGGAGCUGGGGGGGCUGGGGAGCACUGGUCGACCGACCCGACGACCGGGGUGCCCGGUGGUACUUCCCAGCGUCAGCAGUGCAUCCGCGGUGCAGGGGCCUCUUUGGAAGUCGCUGGCAGACGAUCUUUGUUUGCCCGAGAAGCCUUCUGGGCUGCUGCUUCUGCGUCGCAGGCUCCAGGUGUUCGCGUGUCAUGACCCACUCCUUUCGCUCUUGGCGAAGGGAGGAGAUCUUUGA